AUGAAACGGAGCUCCUUGUCUCCAGGGACCUCUGACAACACAUUUGUGUGGCCCGCAAACUCAACCCAGCUGUCGACAAGAAGUACUGUCAGUGAAAGGGACGAUGGCCGAACCACACAUUCCUUGCCGAAAGCUGAGACUUGCGACUUCGUCAUGAUGUGGGUCUUUCCGACCAACACCAGCAGGUUUGGUGCCUGCCAAUGUUCCAUCUGCGGGAAGACUCCUUUUUUCUCGGGGAAAACAGCGAAAAGUUUCUCUCCUAGCCGUCCGUCUGCAUAUAUCACUGGCAUGGCAGAAAACGAGUGUGUAAGCGAGGAAACAGACUGCGCCACUCGCAUGACCUGCUCCGAGCCAAACGGUGCCAACGUUCUGUAA